AUGUAAAAUAUUUGUAUUAUUCAAUUAAUGGUGCUUAGAUGACAUAAAAGAUUGUUUUAAUUCAAUCUUUUGCUUCCAUGUUUAAACGUUAUUGUGGUUUUAUACUGUAGUUGAGAUUUUUAUCAUCAUGCGAAGCAUUAUUUGUACAGAUCCUUGUGUGACUGAGUAAGUGUGGAGAAUUCCAAUAUAAUUGGUGUGUAUAGGCAGAGUAUAUGUAUAUAGUAUAGAUAAAGUAACAAUUGAUAAUGACCAUUAUCUUGUUUAUAACUUUAAAAAGUAAAUUAGCAAACUUUUAAUGUACACUUUUAAACAAAUUCUACCAAAAAACAUAUUGUGCUGGGAGAUUUUGGUCCGAUCUACUCUAUGGUCCCUCAGUGGAGUCUGAAAGUUGUCCGAGAGUCACAUUACUAGUUUUGAAAUUUAUGAAUAUCUUAAAAUUGAUCGUUAGCUACAUUUCUACAGAAACAUUCAGAAUACAAGUGACGUUGGAAGGAACAGCGUGCCGGUGAAUUAUACAACAUUAUGUUAAACACUUAUCUCUCCAGAGACUAAACUAUAAUCCUUUGUAAACUAAUUUAAACACAUGACAAUAAUUGUGUAUUUACCACUCAAUUGUACUUGUCAGCUGUAUGUCUUUCUUACCUUAAACAAUCAUCAACAUCAAUAACAUCAUUUUAUAAAUUAAGACUUCAUUAGAUUGAUAUAGUUUUCUGUAUAAUGAAUGGUUUGUAUAUAAUUGUCCAGGGUGUAAUGUCUGGCUUUAUACUAGGGCUGCAUGCUUCCUUUUCUUACCAAAUCCAUCUUGACAUACUCAUCAUUGUGUUAAAUCAAUCAUUUCCUGUUAAAGAUUUUAAUGUUUGAUUGUAUACAUGUGUUUUGUGGUGUACCUUUUAGUGGGGUCUGGGCAUUGUUCUUAAUUUACAGUAUAGCAAUAAAACUUACUUUGAAAACUUGGAAAAUUGUCAUUUAGAACAUAGCCAGAAACACCACUCCAGAUAUGAUCUAGCCAGAAACACCACUCCAAAUAUGAUCUAGGGAAAGGCCCUCCAGAUAAAAGUAAAGGAAUCCCAUCCAGAUCCAAGCUAACAAAAGUCACCCCAGAUAAAAGUGAAGGAACCCCAUCCAGAUCUAAGCUAACAAAAGUCACCCCAGAUAAAAGUAAGGAAUCCCAUCCAGAUCCAACCUAACAAAAGUCGCCCCUGAUAAAAGUGAAGGAACCCCAUCCAGAUCAAAGUUAACAAAAGUCACCCCAGAUAAAAGUAAAGGAAUCCCAUCCAGAUCCAAGCUAACAAAUGUCACCCCAGAUAAAAUUGAAGGAAUCCCAUCCAGAUCCAAGCUAACAAAUGUCACCCCAGAUAAAAGUAAAGGAAUCCCAUCCAGAUCCAAGCUAACAAAAGUCACCUCAGAUAAAAGUGAAGGAACCCCAUCCAGAUCAAAGUUAACAAAAGUCACCCCAGAUAAAAGUAAAGGAAUCCCAUCCAGAUCAAAGUUAACAAAAGUCACCCCAGAUAAAAGUAAAGGAAUCCCAUCCAGAUCCAAGCUAACAAAAGUCACCCCAGAUAAAAGUAAAGGAAUCCCAUCCAGAUCCAAGCUAACAAAAGUCACCCCAGAUAAAAGUAAGGAAUCCCAUCCAGAUCCAAGCUAACAAAAGUCACCUCAGAUAAAAGUGAAGGAACCCCAUCCAGAUCAAAGUUAACAAAAGUCACCCCAGAUAAAAGUAAAGGAAUCCCAUCCAGAUCAAAGUUAACAAAAGUCACCCCAGAUAAAAGUAAAGGAAUCCCAUCCAGAUCCAAGCUAACAAAAGUCACCCCAGAUAAAAGUAAAGGAAUCCCAUCCAGAUCCAAGCUAACAAAAGUCACCCCAGAUAAAAGUAAGGAAUCCCAUCCAGAUCCAAGCUAACAAAAGUCGCCCCCGAUUAAAGUGAAGGAACCCGAUCCAGAUCCAAGUUAACAAAAGUCGCUCCAGAUAAAAGUCAAAUAAUCCAAUCCAAAUAUGAGGUAGGGAAAACACCUCCAGAUAAAUGUCCAGAUACAAGUGAUGAAAACUCCACAAGACUCGAGACUAGAAAAUCCCUCCAAAUCCUAAUAUUAUUGUUCUAUCAUACAGCUUGCCUUUCUUUCACUCUAGUUUCAGGCUUUGAAUUUUUUUUAUCAAAUAUAUACAUGCUUUUAUAUGGGCUUAACCCUAGAAUAAACCCUGUACAUCCAAGUUGCCAUCUGUGGUAUAUAUACAUCCACGUGUACUUGUCUGACAGAGGUACAUGGUAUAUAUACAUCCACGUGUACUUGUCUGACAGAGGUACGUGGUAUAUAUACAUCUACGUGUACUUGUCACACAGAGGUACGUGGUAUAUAUACAUCCACGUGUACUUGUCACACAGAGGUACGUGGUAUAUAUACAUCUACGUGUACUUGUCACACAGAGGUACGUGGUAUAUAUACAUCCACGUGUACUUGUCACACAGAGGUACGUGGUAUAUAUACAUCCACGUGUACUUGUCUGACAGAGGUACGUGGUAUAUAUACAUCCACGUGUACUUGUCACACAGAGGUACGUGGUAUAUAUACAUCCAUGUGUACUUGUCUGACAGAGGUACGUGGUAUGUAUACAUCCACGUGUACUUGUCACACAGAGGUACGUGGUAUAUAUACAUCCACGUGUACUUGUCUGACAGAGGUACGUGGUAUAUAUACAUCCACGUGUACUUGUCACACAGAGGUACGUGGUAUAUAUACAUCCACGUGUACUUGUCACACAGAGGUACGUGGUAUGUAUACAUACACGUGUACUUGUCUGACAGAGGUACGUGGUAUAUAUACAUCCACGUGUACUUGUCACACAGAGGUACGUGGUAUAUAUACAUCCACGUGUACUUGUCACACAGAGGUACGUGGUAUAUAUACAUCCACGUGUACUUGUCUGACAGAGGUACGUGGUAUGUAUACAUCUACGUGUACUUGUCACACAGAGGUACGUGGUAUAUAUACAUCUACGUGUACUUGUCUGACAGAGGUACGUGGUAUAUAUAUAUCCACGUGUACUUGUCUGACAGAGGUACGUGGUAUAUAUACAUCCACGUGUACUUGUCACACAGAGGUACGUGGUAUAUAUAUAUCCACGUGUACUUGUCUGACAGAGGUACGUGGUAUAUAUACACCUACGUGUACUUGUCUGACAGAGGUACGUGGUAUAUAUACAUCCACGUGUACUUGUCUGACAGAGGUACAUGGUAUAUAUACAUCCACGUGUACUUGUCUGACAGAGGUACGUGGUAUAUAUACAUCUACGUGUACUUGUCUGACAGAGGUACAUGGUAUAUAUACAUCCACGUGUACUUGUCUGACAGAGGUACGUGGUAUAUAUACAUCCACGUGUACUUGUCUGACAGAGGUACGUGGUAUAUAUACAUCCACGUGUACUUGUCUGACAGAGGUACGUGGUAUAUAUACAUCCACGUGUACUUGUCACACAGAGGUACGUGGUAUAUAUACAUCCACAUGUACAUGUCUGACAGAGGUACGUGGUAUAUAUACAUCCACGUGUACUUGUCUGACAGAGGUACGUGGUAUAUAUACAUCCAUGUGUACUUGUCUGACAGAGGUACGUUUCCUAUAGUAUCUAUGUAAGCUUGUCAUAAACAGGUACAUGUUCAUGGGUUUACAAUCUUAUAAACUGCUGAUGCAUUCACGACUGCUUGUACUGAUCUAUGUGUUUUGUGUAAUAUGAUUAGCUGUGGUAUAUGAGAACGUGAGAAAUGGUUGAUAAAUAAAUGUAUUUUGGAGCAAAAACCGAUCUUAUUGUACUUAAUUGUUUUUUAUGUCUACAUUAUCAAGUAACACACAAAGUGUUUGAUUUCACAAAUAAAUUAAGAUUUUCAUUGAU